AUGCCACAUAUUAAGGAGUCUGAAUCCGGAUCCGAAUCUAAUUGCGCUGUCAAGGAGAAGCGGACCCGAAGGCGAAUAAUCAGAUGUUGCGAAAAUUGUCGAUCAAGCAAGAGCAAGUGCAGCAAGUAUCCUGAUCCUUGCAAAAGAUGCCUUGAGAAUAGAUUGGAAUGUGUUUACCUCCCUCAGGAUGAUGAGGGAUGGGAGGUGAUAGAGAAAGGGAAAGAAGAGCAUCACAAUAUCGACAACAAAAUUGCGAAAAGAGCGAGGAAGGAGGAUGCGGAGGAUGGAUCCGAAGAAGGAAGCGACAUUGAGCCAAGUCCCCUUAUUGCUACCGAUGCUACCUACGGAGAUGACGAUGAUUUUGAGGACAACGGAAUCCGAGCUGGCAGGUACAAUCUUACCAAGAGGAUAGGUUCAGAUUAUCGCCCGAAAAUGUUGGAGGAGCUGACGCAAAUGCUCGACAAAAAUGAUCUUCACAGAACGGAUAACGAUAGAAAAGUAUUCAACAGCCUACCAAGGCCACGUUGGCUUGAUGCUGCCGCUGGGCCCAAAGUCCUCGACCCUGACCCCGAUUUUAUCGCACCUUCACUCUUCUCGCAUACCUUGCAAGUCAACCAGGACAUUCAUAAGUUCCUUUGCUCCCUAAACCUCGCGGACAGGAUUAUGGAAAACUACUGGGAAUGUGUUCAUCCUGUCGCCUGUAUAGUUCAUCGGCCAUCGUUUCAGGAAAGGUACGACGUCUUCUGGCACAAUGUAUCUAGAGGAGUAAAGGACACACCCGAGUCCACCCAAGCCCUCGUAUACGCUGCUCUCUUUGCCGGCGUCGUGAGCAUGGAUGCCGAAACAGUCAGAGAGGAGUUGGGAGGCGAGAGGGAAGAAUGGGUGGACACCCUCGAAAAGGCCACGGCUUUCUCCUUAAGUCGUGCCCAUGUCAUUCGCACGGAGAAGCCUGAGACAAUUCAAGCUUUCGUUAUGUAUUUGAUCCCUAUGUGCCGAGAUAUCAUUUCCCGCACGCUCGCAACACUUGUGGCAUCGGCUAUCGAUCUUGCACGAGGCAUGGGACUCAACAAAGACGGUACUUAUUACGGGUAUGAUGCGGUAGUGACUCAGGUCCAUCGUAUGAUCUGGCACCAGCUGUGCUUUCUGGACAUCCGAGUGUGUGAGGCGCAAAGUCCAAGGGCGAGAAUCCGAAAAGACGAUUUUAACACACAGUUUCCCCUCAAUGUUGAUGAUUCUGAGCUCGAAAAAUCUGAUAUCCUCAAAGAAAGUAGUGAAAGAUGGACUGGCAUGACCCCGACUAACGCUCGCAUGGAGUGCAACGAGAGGAUCAGGGAAAUCUAUGCCGCUCGACAACGAGCUCGACAGGGGAAUGACUCGGACUCGGCUUACAUUAAGAAGAUGUUGGAGAUGAUCUACGAGUUUCGACAAUACAUGGAAAAGAAAUACUACCCAAUGAUUGACGACAGGAUUCCAAUACAGCAUUACACCCGGCUCGUUAUAGAUUUACAUUGCAGGCGGAUGCAUGCGAUGGUCCUACAUGAGUAUCACAUGAGCACAGCCCGGGGAAGGAUGCCAGAGCAAUGGAGCCGAACCGUGAUCAUGUCGGGGCUCGAGACAAUGGAGAUUGCCAAAGAAAUCGAGACCUCAUGUUUUCUACGCCGCUGGAGAUGGUACGCAGGGGCACUGCAGCAGCACAAUUAUGCUACGCUUAUGUUGAUAGAGGUUUUUGCGUUUCCUGGUGCGGACUAUGCAAUGCGCGCGUGGGAAUCGUUGGAUUGGAUUUUUCAAGUCCCUUCUUGCGUUCCGCACACUCACAAGGCUCGUUGGGUAAUGGAGGGAGCGGUUGGCGUCAUGAAAGAGUACCUCAAGGCAAGAAAGUUGCGCUGUCCAACUCUUAUGGAUGAGCGAUUGGAGACAGCACCGAGCAGUCGUCGAAUGCCCACAUUGCCAAAGUUGAGGGAAAUCGUUGCGAGACCGACGGAGACGGCCACUACGGCUCAGUCCAGGGGCAAAUGCACCUCUCAUUUUGGUCAACCCCAAGUCUAUUCUAAAGGUAUCAUCUCCCUUAGCCAUGAUGGGACGCUUGCUAACACCGAUCUACUAGAUCGUGCAUUGAAUCAAAUACCGUUGACGAGCAACAUGAGAUCAAGCCUUCAAGACAUGGCAAUGACUUCCAGUGCUCAAGCAAUGUUCAUGGAUGGGGUAACUUACGAGAAUACAGAACAACUACGUACUCAUCCUGUAAAACUGGAACGGGUUUCCAGUGAAGUGUAUUCCUACAUACCUACCUCUGCUGACAUUUCACCGGACGACCUCAUGGAUACUAGUCCAUCUUGGCAGACACUUGUUGAAUCCGACUCGGCGGUCGAUCAAUCUGGAUAUUCCGCUCAGGAGAAGAUCGCGAGGUCUUUGAGUUGUUUACGUAGCCAAACUGCUGGGGAUGGUGGAGGAGGUGUGAGUGACAUCUCACGUGCGGGGUCAUCCAACUUUGCGCCGGAUCACAGGAUGUACCAGACCGCUUUCCACAUCCCCACUGGCAAUGACAGCUGGUAUAACGAUAACAGCUCACACGGCCACUCACGUAGCAGCUCGCACAACAACACACAGAUACUCGACGAAGGCUCGUAUGUGCACUUCUCAGACCAUCCUUCCUUCUCCGUCCCAGGGGGUCCGUCAGGCUUCACGCCAAUCAACCAAGGCAACUACAUGCCAGGUCCUGCUCAACGGUAUUACAGAUCACCCUACGCCACAGAGGUUUGA